AUGUACGCUAUUCCAGAAAGUAAUUCAUUAAUAUUUGAGCGCCCUCGAUAUUGGACACUAACUAAUUACCUUACAACAAAUGAAGAAAUAAAUAGAACAUUAAUGUAUAAAUUUUGUCUUGAUGUAUCUAAAGCAAUGGACUAUUUACAAGAAUCACAAAUAGUUCAUCGUGACCUUUCUACUGACAAUGUUUUUGUAUUUUCUGUUAUUCCAACUGAUUAUGUUAAUUGUAAAUUAGGAAACAUUUGUUGUUGUGAGAGAGUAAGUGAAUAUGGUAUUGACGCUACAGUAACCAAACCAAUUUACUCAAACCAAGGAGAAAAUUUUAGAAUGCCACCAGAAAUUACAUCUAAAGAUGCUUCUUACACAUCUCAAUGUGAUGUUUAUUCUUUUGGAAUUCUUGUUUUUCAUGUUUUAACACAAUUAGUUAACACUAAUCCAAUUGGAGAAAGUGGUUGUGUUCUUCCUCAAUUUAUUCGUCAAAUUCCUUCUGCAUUAGUAAACAUUAUUAAUAAUUGUUGUUCAAUAAAUGUUAAUGAACGCCCUUCUUUUUCUGAAAUCGUUGAACGUUUAAAUAUCAUUUUACAAAAUGCAACAACUGAAAAAAUAAAUCAACGAAAAAAACAAAAAACA